CUUUUCGAGUAGAAGUAGCUGGUAUAACUUAUUUUUUGGUAUAUUUUGAAAAGGAGUUUGCGGUCACGUUGUAUUUGCCAAACAAAAACAAAUCCAAGCCAUUAAAUUAUUUAUUAUUCAGCAAGCAUGGGGAAAACAGAAGAUCGUCGCUCCAAACGCAGUAAACGCCAGAAACCAGCAAGAUUUGCCUCGCCAACAGAGUCUGCCUCGUCGCCAGUUCCAACAAAUGUAGCCUCCGAAGUUGAAAUCGAAAUUGCAACAACUACACAAAUAACAUCAACAACACCAACACAUGUGAAAGCAGUAGUGUCUGCAACUCCAACUCCUUCAAUUACCAAAGCAAUUGAGUCUGAGCCUCCCACUCAACGCGUACGACCUGCGAGCAGCACAAAGACUUCGCCCCAUGUUUUGCCGGCAGCUGGAAAUGCGAAUGCAAAAAAGGCGAAAAAACGUCGCAACAGCGACACGUCUAGCGAUGAGGAGCGCUGGCUGAAUGCCAUUGAGACAGGUAAACUAGAGGAUGUAGAUGACGAGCUGAAAAAGAUCAAGGAUCCCAAGCUAAUGACGGCACGUCAAAGAGCCAUGUAUGAAAGAAGUCAGGACGCUGAGCCAGCGCUCUCUGGCUUUGUCGAGGAGUUAAUCGCACUGCCUAGCGGCUAUCGGGAGAAGGAGAAGCCACAAACGGCCGAGGAUAUUCAGAAGGCUGCGCUCAAGUCACAGAAACGAAAACAACAAGCGGACGAACGCCGAGAAAAGGAUAAACAAAAGACAAUGGAGCGUCUGCUGAAGAAACAGGAGAGCGGUAAGCAGCGAGCUGCAGCUCGUCAGAAAAAUCAACAGAAACUCUCGCUGCCCUCGCUAACCUACAUGAAUACACUGGAGGGCGCAUACAUUAUGGUACCACCAGGUCAAGAGUUUCCGCUGCAAGCACAGGUUGCUGACCCCCCGCCACGCAUUCAAUUGUGCGGAAUUGCAGGCUGUGGCAAGCGCAAGAUAUACAGCUGCUCCAAGACGAAUAUGCCGCUGUGCAGCCUAGCGUGUUAUCGGAAAAAUUUGGUGGUUGCCCAAAUAUAA